GGAGCGCGUUAAAUUUGGAAUAUUGGAACACCAAUAUGAUGCGGCCGGGGAGCAGACUCCGGUACCUAUUUCCAAUCCUCCAAAUUCAAUCGAAACGCCCUUUUUUCUACUACCAAAUUAUCUACGCGUUUUCCAUCUCUCUCUUUCACUCUGUUUCUUGUUGAAUUUACUUCGUCAAGAGCAUGACUUUGCCAUCUUCCUCUUACUAACUUUCUUUGAUUCCACUCGUAUGGUGUUAUUUCUUCAUCCCCUUCCAGAUCCAUAGCAGUGUGAGAUUUUGAGAAUCACACCACUGGACUGCCGGAAAAUGAAAACGCCGGCGAUGGAGCUAACGGGUUCUGAAAGGGCGCAGCAAUGGAGGUCAGUGGACUCCAUGUCCGAUCGGCCUUUCAAGAAAAUCAAAAGCUCUGCUUCUCCCCUCUGUUAUUCUCCUCCGAAUCUUUCUCCUCUGUUCGGAUUUGAAGGAGGAAUAAAGUCAAUGGAGAAUUUACGGCUGCUGAAUUUGCAAAUGCUCUCUUCCUCAUAUCAGCAGGGUGAUCCUUACCCACCUCCGCCGCCGCCGCCGCCGGCAUAUUUUUCCGGUGACCCGAACUCAUUCCCGGAGCAACGCCAGAAUCAACCUGCUACAAAAGUGUACAGGGGAGUGCGGCAGAGGCACUGGGGGAAAUGGGUGGCGGAGAUUCAGCUCCCGAAAAGCAGGGCGCGAAUCUGGCUCGGGACCUUCACCACCGCCGAGGAAGCCGCCAUGGCUUACGACCGGGAAGCUUAUAAGCAGAGAGGAGAGAAUGCUCGGCUCAACUUCCCCGAACUCUAUCUUGGCUGCAAUGACCGAGAUGCAGCAUCAUCCGUGGGUCCCAGAUCGUGUGAAAACAACGCGCCGGUGGUUUGCACAACGCUGCCGCUUGCGGCGGAGGUGGUGGAGCCGCGGCCGCUGCUUAGCCAAGCAGCAUCUUCCAGUCAUUCUUCUGAAUAUGUGUGGGCUGGUUUAGUAAAUGGAAUUGGAGGUGGCUUGCGCUGAGGAAUUUUAACUUUGGGUAACCUAUGUUGCAGUUAAUGAUAAUAAUAUCAUGAUCACCAUCAUCAGCAUGAUAAUAAUACGUAGUACUCCCUAUUAAGGAUGUUUUUACUUGGACUGUAAUUUGCCCCAGACCAGUUCAGACCAGACCAGACCAGUUCAGACCAGACCAGACUUCGAUAGUUAUAAAAAUACAAAGAAACCAGACCUUACCAGACCAGAUUAGACCAGACCAGACCAGCAAAUUACAGUCCAAGUAAAAACAUCCUAAGAGUAAUACUACUAUUCUUAAUGGACUUUACACUUCCAUUUCACACAUAAUUCGUAUUAAUAAAAUAAAUUUGACUUUACUGUAUAUUACACUGUUGUGACAUUUUUUGACACUGUUUUGUAUCGUGUUGUGUAAAUUUGUUUGCCAAAUAAGGCAAACAAGAGAGCGGAAAGUUUAAUAUGAGACUGUCCAAAAAAGAAAAUGUAAAGUUAAUUAAGAACUGGGGGUAUUAUUAUUAUUAUCAUGUUAUUAACAACCACAGUAACAUUAGUAAUACUCCAUCUUUAAAAUUUUAGCAUUGUUCACUUUUCUUUUAUGAAUUUUUUUAAUACUCCCUAUUAGUUAUU